AUGAUGGCAUAUCCAGGCGAUGUCUGGCCCCGUGCCAAAGAUUCUCACAGGUGGGCUGACUCCAAUGGGUCUGGAAGAUGGAACCUGCGAAGGAUUCAGAAGAAGGAAGCUGUAAGCAGUCCCCUGCCAGACUAUCAACAGUAUCUCCACAGGUGAGCAGUGACCUAUCACUUGGGUCAAGGGUUUGGGAGAGCCCUAAGCCCCACAGAGCGGUCCUGUCAGGGACAGGAAUCAGAGCAGAGUGCCGAUCUGAUGGAGGGAACGUUCUUUCAUAUGUGGUGAACUUGUAAAAGAGUAUUGGGAAAUGAUCCAUAAUGAAUUGAAAAAAACGUUUAAAAGUAAAAAGGUAAAGGUAAAGGACCCCUGACAGUUAAGUCCAGUCGCAGACGACUCUGGGUUUGCGGCGCUCAUCUCGCUUUACUGGCCGAGGGAGCCGGCGUUUGUCCACAGACAGUUUUUCUGGGUCAUGUGGCCAGCAGGACUAAGCUGCUUCUGAAGAAACCAGAGCAGCCCACAGAAACGCCGUUUACCUUCCCGCCAGAGUGGUACCUAUUUAUCUACUUGCACUUUGAACGUGCUUUCGAACUGCUAGGUUGGCAGGAGCUGGGACCGAGCAAUGGGAGCUCGCCCUGUCGCAGGUAUUCCAACAAUCGACCUUCCGAUCGGCAAGCGCAAAGCUCAGUGGUUUACACCUCAGCGCCACCCGCGUCCUACUUUUCCCCCAAAACCAGAGUCCUUCCUGCUGGGGAUAAUUCAGACUGAAAUUCCCAGGUAUCAGAAAAGGUUAUUUACAGUAUGUAUGCCACUACUGUGGCCCGUGUUUCGUUAGCCCAAAAAUGGAAAACCAGCGAAGUCCCAACCAAAGAAGAAUGGCUACGUAAGUUGACAGAAUAUGCACAGUUUGCAGACUUAACGUAUAGAAUAAGAGAACAAGAAGAACAUACGUUUAUAGAAGAUUGGAAAACGUUUAUUGAAAAUAUGGGAAAUAAUUGUGUACAGCUGAAAACGCUGGCAGCAUUAAGAUAAAUUCAACAGUGUAAAUAAGUCUUGAUGGAUGCAAUAAUGGAAUACUGAAUGGUGCAGUUUUUGUAAAAUAUGCAGGGAUUUAUGAUAUGCAAAAUGAACCAUGGAAAGAGAAAAAGGGAAGUCACUGAUAUCUUAAGAAUUUUUAAAUGAGUAUUUUAAAUUGUAAAACAGAAAAAUUAAUUUAAAAAAUAUGCAAAAAAGCAAAAAAAGAACAGAGUGCUUUCUGGUUUAUCAUGGUCAAAGGCCUGACUAAUAAACAUGUCUUUACCUGCCUGUGGGAGGGCACUAGAGACAGAGUUAGCUAGGCCUCCCUUGGCAAGGCAUUCCAGAACCUGGGAGGGAGAGUGGUCCUCUGCUGAGUUCCAUCCAAACGUGCUUCAUACAUUGGUGGGACAGACAGAAGGGCCUUUCAAGCUGUGGUGCAACUGGGAUUAUGGUUAGAGAGGCGGCUUUCAACAGAACAUUAAAAACAGAAUAAAACUUCAAACAUUAAAAACUUCCCUAAAAAGGACUGAGUUCUAUGACAGAAGAAACUUUGGAGAUAUAUAGAUCUACUAAGAAAAUAAAUAGGUUUUUAUUAUCUCUGUUAUUGGUUAUUUAAAAUUUAAAUGGAGUUUGUUAUUUGGAAUUGUUCUUCUUAGCCACCUCAAAGACCUGUUCUUAAGAUGAAAUGCAACCUCUAAAAACCCCCCAAAAACCCCCACCAACCUCACGCACUUUCUCAUGAGUAGUCCUACUGAUAUCAACGGGCUUAAGUGCACAGUUGUGGGUUGAGAAGAGGCUGGAAGGAACCUCCUGCAUUUUACGAAUCAGCAAUACUUCACUAAAAAUAGGUGUACAAUGAAUUAUAAAAUGAGGUGCUUGCAGGUUGGGGAGCGAAGGGAAGCUCAUUAAUCAAAACCUGGAAUGAAUAAUAUAUUGUAUCUGCAAGGAAACGGACCUGUUUAAACCCACUAAAGCGCCUUAUGAAAAUUUGCAACCAAGAGGGAAGCAUGUUUGAAUAAUAUAUAACAAAUGCAAACAAUAAAACAUUUCAAGGGUAGAGUUUGCCCUUGUAAGAGUUACAUUUUUAUAUUUCUCCUGCAUUGUGCUCUUCCCUUCACUCCUUUUGAAAACAAUUUAUCUAUUUUUCAAAAAUGCAUCACUAGCUUUAGCACAGCAAUGCAACUUAUACAAAACUUUAAAAGACUACAACAACUUUUAAUAUCAAAUGCUGGAGAUCACAAUCAGGAGAGUGUUGCUGCUAUUGGGCUUUGAAACAUCGGCAUCUAGUUGGCCAAUGUGGGAAACAGGAAGUAGGACUAGAUGGUCUGAUCCAGUCUGUAUUUUCUUACACAUCCCUGGGGGACAGAAAGGACCAAUGGUCUGCUGGAAAUAACCUUCCUAGAACCGUGGUGAACAGAUUGAAAUUGCCAUCUCUCUGGUAACGUGGCUCAAACGGGGCCCUGUGGAAUGCCUCCCAUCAGAUGUCAAAGAAAUAAACAACUAUCUGAUGUUUAGAAGACAUCUGAAGGCAGCCCUGUUUAGGGAAGUUUUUAAUGACUGAUGUUUUAAUGUAUUUUUAAUCUCUUGCUGGAAUCCGCCCAGAGUGGCUGGGGAGAUGGGUGGGGUAUAAGUAAUAAAUUAUUAUUAUUAUUAUUAUUAUUAUUAUCAUCAUCAUCAUCAUCAUCAAACCAGCAUCUAGAGGAUAUAUUGUUGUUGUUGUUGUUUAGUUGUUUAGUCGUGUCCGACUCUUCAUGACCCCAUGGACCAGAGCACGCCAGGCACUCCUGUCUUCCACUGCCACCCGCAGUUUGGUCAAACUCAUGCUGGUAGCUUCGAGAACAUUAUCCAACCAUCUCGUCGUCCUUUGUCGUCCCUCCAUCUUUCCCCACAUCAGGGUCUUUUCCAGGGAGUCUUCUCUUCUCAUGAGGUGGCCAAAGUAUUGGAGUCUCAGCUUCACGAUCUGUCUUUCCAGUGAGCACUCAGGGCUGAUUUCCUUAAGAAUGGAUAGGUCUGAUCUUCUUGCAGUCCAUGGGACUCUCAAGAGUCUCCUCCAGCACGAUAAUUCAAAAGCAUCAAUUCUUUGGCGAUCAGCCUUCUUUAUGGCCCAGCUCUCACUUCCAUACAUCACUACUGGGAAAACCAUAGCUUUUACUAUACAGACCUUUGUUGGCAAGGUGAUGUCUUUGCUUUUUAAGAUGCUGUCUAGGUUUGUCAUUGCUUUUCGCCCAAGAAGCAGGUGUCUUUUAAACUACGCCAAUGUGGCAAGCAUAGAUGAGUGCCUAGGCCCCAGACUGGACAUGAUGAAGCCUGAUCUAAAAUGUGGGGUUCUGAUCAUGGUUUGGAUGCAGUGAUGGCUGGUAGAGCAGAAGACAGGGAGACAGCAGUAGGUGGAGCUAGAGCCAAUAACAGGCGGAGCCAACUAAUUUUGGCCCCAUCCUCCUCGGUGCUGAGAUCUACAAGGGGCAACACGGAGGAAGCUGCCAGGCAGUGCCACCCAUAAGACUGGUUAUAAUUAAGAAGGCAGGCAGGCAAGAGCUGGCUGAGAGCAGAGUGAGUUUGGUAGGGCAGUGCCCCAUUUGCCCAGGUUCAUCAGCCUUCAACACUUGGAUGGGUUGCUGUUGGGAGGGAGCUAGUUUAAUAAACUCAACCCGGAUGGUAGGUGUUUCCAGUAGGGAGGGACAACAUGGCCUCUUGUUAUCUUUCUCCUCAGGCUGCUGGGCUCUGAGAGAGCCUCCUACUUCCUGCGUCCACCUACCAAGGAGCAGCCAGUAAGCCCUCGGGUGAAGCGCCUGCUGGUGACUGGUUUAGGUGAGUGUAUGCUGCUUCAUGGGACACGGGUGGCGCUGUGGGUUAAACCACAGAGCCUAGGACUUGCCGCUCAGAAGGUUGGCGGUUUGAAUCCCCGCGAUGGGGUGAGCUCCCGUUGCUCGGUCCCUGUUCCUGCCAACCUAGCAGUUCGAAAGCACCUCAAAGUGCAAGUAGAUAAAUAGGUACCGCUCCGGCGGGAAGGUAAACGGCGUUUCCAUGCGCUGCUCUGGUUCGCCAGAAGUGGCUUAGUCAUGCUGGCCACAUGACCCGGAAGCUGUACGCCGGCUCCCUCGGCCAAUAAAGCGAGAUGAGCGCCGCAACCCCAGAGUCGUCCACAACUGGACCUAAUGGUCAGGGGUCCCUUUACCUUUACCUUUUAUGCUGCUUCAUAGGAACUUUUUGGCUACUUUGCCUCUUCAUCCCAGUCCGGUAGUGUAGUGGCAAAUUCAGAAGUAAUAUUCACAGACCUCCCCUCCCCCCUGCCCCACAGUCACUCUCCCUUCUAAGAUUAUGAAACAAUAUUAUACAACAAUAAUAAGGAUGGGAUACAGCACAAAAAAUCCAUGCUGAUCUCCACGUGUUGCCUUUCAGCUAGAUCUAUUUUCUGUGCUCAGGGCAAAUCAUUUGGAGGGCUCCAAAUCUUUUGGAGCUACUUAAAGUUGUGUUUUCCUUGCCGUUCCAUUGCACUUCGCCAUUCCCUUGAAACCCAUCCUUUGGACCCUCUAGGAAACUCAACAAACCUGCUACACCUCAAAUUGGGUGCAAGGAGUGCAGAUGAAUGGGACACAGCUGUGGGCAGCCUGAGGAAAUACCAUUCACCUUGGGCUUGCCCAUAAAACGCAAGUCCAGAGCAAGAGACUAGGGUGAUGCCUGCUGUUUCCAGGCACUCUUCUCAUUGCAAGACUUUUGUGGGUGAGCUGAGAAUUUGUUUGGACCCUGAGUGAGAACUUAGAGGCUGAGUGGGAGGGUGUGUCAGAAGGAAAAAUAAACCGAUACUGAUUUUUUAAUAUACUAGUAACUUGGUAUUAAUGUCACAUUUUUCUAUCCAACUGGGUCUUUUUGUAAUAUUUUGUUAAGUUGCCUGUUGUUGCUUCAGUUCUUUUGUACACUGCUUGGAGAUAUUUUUAAUGUAUUGAGUGGUACACAAAUUAAAUAAUCAGUCAAACUGAAAUACCUUGUGUUUUCAGUGUCCCUAAAUGCUUAUCUUUGGAACAUAGGAAGUAGCAACUCCUCUGUGUUCUUUUCUCGUGUCUUCUCUAGAGUGACCCCAGGAACCGAUCCUCAGUGGUCGACUCUCCUCCUUUCACUGUGAUGGUCUCCAAUCAGCACAAAGGAUGAGAAGAAUUCCCGUUGGCUGAAAAUCUCCCCCUUUGUGCUGAUUGGACAGCUCUAGGAUGCUGAGGAUGUUAGAAUUCCUGCUCUAUGACUGCAGUCAUGGGAUUGUUGUCUAUCACAUGACGGUAUAUGUUUUGACUCCACAGAGUGGGAAGUGACAGAGACAAGAUGUUUGUGUUACUGUGUUCCAUGAAGUGGGACUAUUGUCCUUUGUGCUUUUUUUCUCUUUGCUGUCUGAUGCUAGAGAGAGAGGGAGCCGCGUUGCAGUGCUCCGUGUGUGUUUAUAGGUUAAUAAAGUAGAUUAGCCAAAAUGCUGAGUUGCUGAGGUCUGUCACGCAAGCUGUGAAGACUCUGCAGAUCCCUAAGUGUUCUGAUGUCUGUUGGCAUCGGUCGCUGUGAUGUUUGGGCAGAAGAAAGCUUUUGAAGCUCCUGAACGAUUGACCAGGAGGGAGAGAACAUGCCAGACGGGCAUGUCUCUCUACCAGGGUCCUACUUGAGUGUAGGACGAGCUCCUGACAGAGGACAGGGACUUUGCAACAGAAAUAGAAAUGGGUGUUCAACUCCCUGCAACCCCGAAUCUCUGAUGAUAAAGUGGGACUGUGAACUGUUUUCAAACCAUGAGGUGGUUCCUUGUUUCGAGUUAAUUAGCACAGAGCAUCAGAACGUGCUGCUAUGUAUGAGGAGCAGUUUGAGCCCCAGGUUCCAGAGGGCCAUUGGCGAAGGCACCCUCUGUGUUUUUAAUACAGUGGUACCUUAGGUUACAUACGCUUCAGGUUACAUACGCUUCAGGUUACAGACUCCGCUAACCCUGAAAUAGUGCUUCGGGUUAAGAACUUUGCUUCAGGAUGAGAACAGAAAUUGUGCUCCAGCGGCGCAGCAGCAGUGGGAGGCCCCAUUAGCUAAAGUGGUGCUUCAGGUUAAGAACAGUUUCAGGUUAAGAACGGACCUCCGGAACGAAUUAAGUACUUAACCUGAGGUACCACUGUAUUCUAUUGGGGAAACCCAGCCAGAUGGGUGGGGUAUAAAUAAGCCCUCAUCAUGCCUCCCACCUGGUUGCUUGCCAGGCAGGGAGCCCGUAAGCUCCCCAAAGGGUGCUCAUCAAUGGUUCCUCUUCAUCCUGGAGAAGAGUGACUAGUGGGGUGCCACAGGGUUCUGUCUUGGGCCCGGUCUUAUUCAACAUCUUUAUCAACGACUUGGAUGAUGGACUCAAGGGCAUCCUGAUCAAAUUUGCAGAUGACACCAAACUGGGAGGGGUGGCUAACACCCCAGAGGACAGGAUCACACUUCAAAACGACCUUGACAGAUUAGAGAACUGGGCCAAAAGAAACAAGAUGAAUUUUAACAGGGAGAAAUGUAAAGUAUUGCACUUGGGCAAAAAGAAUGAGAGGCACAAAUACAAGAUGGGUGACGCCUGGCUUGAGAGCAGUACAUGUGAAAAGGAUCUAGGAGUCUUGGUUGACCACAAACUUGACAUGAGCCAACAGUGUGACGCGGCAGCUAAAAAAGCCAAUGCAAUUCUGGGCUGCAUCAAUAGGAGUAUAGCAUCUAGAUCAAGGGAAGUAAUAGUGCCACUGUAUUCUGCUCUGGUCAGACCUCACCUGGAGUACUGUGUCCAGUUCUGGGCACCACAGUUCAAGAAGGACAUUGACAAACUGGAACGUGUCCAGAGGAGGGCAACCAAAAUGGUCAAAGGCCUGGAAACGAUGCCUUAUGAGGAAUGGUUAAGAGAGCUGGGCAUGUUUAGCCUGGAGAAGAGGAGGUUAAGGGGUGAUAUGAUAGCCAUGUUCAAAUAUAUAAAAGGAUGUCACAUAGAGGAGGGAGAAAGGUUGUUUUCUGCUGCUCCAGAGAAGCGGACACGGAGCAAUGGAUCCAAACUACAAGAAAGAAGAUUCCACCUAAACAUUAGGAAGAACUUCCUGACAGUAAGAGCUGUUCGACAGUGGAAUUUGCUGCCAAGGAGUGUGGUGGAGUCUCCUUCUUUGGAGGUCUUUAAGCAGAGGCUUGACAACCAUAUGUCAGGAGUGCUCUGAUGGUGUUUCCUGCUUGGCAGGGGGUUGGACUCGAUGGCCCUUGUGGUCUCUUCCAACUCUAUGAUUCUAUGAUUCUAUGAUUCUAAGCUAUGUGGCCGGCAGUGAAAUGGGUGAUCACCUGAAAUUCCCUUCACGUCAGUCUGCUAACAGGCUGCUACACCAACAGCUGUGUAUUUGUGUGCAUCAGUUUCACAAACUCAGUCACGACCAGUUAUGGCUAGCGCUGCCAAAUUAUCAGAUGAAUUUUUUUCUUUUUCUUGUCGUGACUCAUGAGGUGAAGUGAUUGCGGUGGGCUGUGUGGAGAUUCACUUGUCUCAUGAAAAGUCUCCUUUAAUUCCAAGUAUCUCUUUGGGGGGAAAGCGUUUUGUGUUUUGAUUUGAUUGCUUUUGAUUUAUGAGUCGCUUGCUGCCACAUAAAAAGAGUCUCUAAGUGACAUUCACACUUUAAAAAAAAACCACCCUGCUCCACAGAUAUGGGCGCUGAGGAGGUCUGGAUGGCCCUGCACGAGGAACCCAAACGCCAGCGUGAGGCUGCAGCAGCUAAGAAGGGCCGCUCACUCUCUCAGCAGGUGAGAGGGAUGUUUAGGACCAGACCCUACAGAAAACCCAGAUGUGUCUGGGAACUAUUAUUUUACUGUCACACUGCUACCCCUCUCAUAUCUGUCUUAAAGACUUCUUCGAUAUCUAUCUAUUAACCUGUUAGGAGCCGGACCACUGGUUCAUUUUGCUCAGUAGUUUUUAUUCUGACUGGCUCUUCAGGCUUCAAAAACAGUAAUAAUAAUAAUAAUAAUAAUAAUAAUAAUAAUAAUAAUAAUUUAUUAUUUGUACCCUGCCCAUCUGGCUGGGUUUCCCCAGCCACUUUGGGCAGCUUCCAACAAAGAUUAAAAAUACAUAAAAAUGUCACACAUUAAAAAGUUCCCUGAACACGGCUGCCUUAAGAUGUCUUCUGAAUGUCAGGUAGUUAUUUUUCUCUUUGACAUCUGGUGGGAGGGCAUUCCACAGGGUGGGCGCCACUGCCAAGAAGGCCCUCUGCCUGGUUCCCUGUAGCUUUGCUUCUCGCAAUGAGGGAACCGCCAGAGGGCCCUUGGCGCUGGACCUCAGCGUCCGGGCAGAACGAUGGGGGUGGAGAUGCUCCUUCAGGUAUACUGAGCCGAGGCCAUUUAGAAGAACACUGCUGGAUCAGGCCAAUGGCCCAACCAGUCCAGCAUCCUGUUCUCACAGUGGCCAACCAGAUGCCUGUGAGGAGAAAUCUUGUGGGUUUCAGAGAGGGGAAUUUCCAAGUUCUGCCCGGAGGUGGAGACACCGGGAAUUGAACCUAGCAUCACAGGUGCUUUUUAAACUGCAAUUUAACCUUUUAUGCCACCCUCCAGUUGCUGUUCUGAUGCUCGGGCCAGCUUACAGUAAUUUAAGGAAACAUAACAAAGCAAUAACAAAAAUAUAAAGUUUAUGUUUUGUUCUGAGGCCUAGCAUGUCCUAACUUCUCUCAGCCGUAGUCCUGGUUUGCACCCCACUGUGAGUGAAUGGCCUUUCUCUCUUAACUGGUUUGCUGUGCUGACUUUGCCAUUCUGAGCAACUGAACAGGCUUUAAACACUGUGGAAUGAACACCCACAUCUCUCCAUCUUCUUUUUGGCCUGUCAUUUAGCGGACAUCACAUAGGUAUUAGUGUGGAACAGGGAAAUGUGAGUCAUGGGUGGCCUCCUGACAGCUUCCAAGCUAGGAUCCCUAAAUCAGCCAGCUGAUUGCAUGGAUAUUUAUUUUCCUGAAGUGGGUGAAAGAGAUUCCCAAUCCUACAAAAUUCUGAUUAGAUAAAAUCUUCACUGCUCACUUUCCUCACCUCAGAUGCUAACAGGAGCCAAAGAAAGCCUCGUGAGUCACGCAGUAGUCCUGCAUCUGAUGCAGUGAGCUUUAGCCCAUAAGAGCUUAUGCCAAUGGGACACGGGUGGCGCUGUGGUCUAAACCACUGAGCCUCUUGGGCUUGCUGAUCAGAAGGUUGGCGGUUCAAAUCCCCUUGAUGGGGUGAGCUCCCGUUGCUCUGUCCCUGCUCCUGCCAACCUAGCAGUUAAAAAGCACACCAGUGCGAGUAGAUAAAUAGGUACCGGCGUUUCCAUGCGCUCUGGUUUCCGUCACGGUGUCCCGUUGAGCCAGAAGUGAUUUAGUCAUGCUGGCCACAUGACCCGGAAAGCUGUCUGCGUCAAAUGCCAGCUCCCUCAGCCUGAAAGUGAGAUGAGCGCCACAAUCCCAUACAGUGGUACCUCGGGUUAAGUACUUAAUUCGUUCCAGAGGUCCGUACUUAACCUGAAACUGUUCUUAACCUGAAGCACCACUGUAGCUAAUGGGGCCUCCUGCUGCUGCUGCGCCGCUGGAGCACAAUUUCUGUUCUCAUCAUGAAGCAAAGUUCUUAACCUGAAGCAAUAUUUUUGGGUUAGCGGAGUCUGUAACCUGACGUGUAUGUAACCUGAAGCGUAUGUAACCCGAGGUACCACUGUAGUUGCCUUUGACUGAACUUAACUGUCCAGAAGUCCUUUACCUUUACCUUUUUUAUAAGAGCUGUCAGUCUGCCAGGGUCUAGGUUUGAUAGACUUUACAUUAAGUUGAUGAAUAAAUAAAUAAAUACCUGGACUGACUCUGUCAGCGCCCUCAUCCCUUUUGGGAGGCCUUAUCCCAGUCUGUGGCUACCACCUGAAGCUCUGCUGCUGCCUCCUUCAAGGUACCCUGGCUGGGACGUCCUUCUACGACGCAGUGUCUGCAGCAAGUAUCUCAGCAGCGGCAACAGCUGUGUGCUAUGCACCGUCUUGGGAAACAGCACCAGCGAACAGCCAGCCACCUUCUGGCCACAAAGCACCUUGCUGAUCUUGGUGACCCUUACGGAACAGAAGGACCAAGGCGCUACUUCCAUUUCUCUUUGAACCACAAACGGGUGCAGGUGUGUUUGGCAUAA